GGGAAUUCCGUUGGGAAGUUUGGCCGAGAAGGUUCCGCUGCGAAAUGUUUACUGUUUAAUUUCCCCUGCACGCGCAUCGAGACGGUUUUUCACGAAGCGACUCUGGCAAAUCAGCCACACGUCGCCGUUUUGUUGAGGAAAAGCCAGCCUUUGUUUGCCAGGCUUUCCAUUUCCGCGUGUCAAACGACAGAACGCCCUGCGGAAUGUGUGCGAGUAGCGUUUAGGUGAUUUUUGUUUCUAAUUAUUUUCGUAAAGUGAAUGUGAAAAUCAUACCCCGGUUCGGUAAACGCGGUUAGGCCAAGCCUCUUCUGGUAGGAAUCGCGUCUGGGUGCGGGUGCGAACGAAACAGCAAAUUACGGUCCACAAACGGAUCUAGUGUGCGCGGAUCUGUAAUAACAGGCGAAGUGUGAAUUGUGUGAUGUGGGUAACUAGAUGUUAAAAGUGAGUGAAAUUGUUUGAAAUUGUUUUUUUUUUUGCCCCGCCGUUGCGAGAGUGCGAGACAGCAACAGUGUUGUGUACCAAAAACCCGCAGCGUAAAUCAUUGCGUGAAUUCAAAAUCGUCUCGCCAAAACGCGUCCGGCAGCAACAUGUCUCCCGCAUUCCUGGCGGUUAUUGCCGUCAUACUCUGCAUCCUGUUCCGGAUACUGAACGUCAGCAGCACGCCACAGAUCCCCAGCAUCGUCUGCAAGGAUGGCCAGUUUAUGGAGUGCUUCAAUAAGAUUGCCCCGAUGCUACGGGAACCGUACAUUCCGACCCGGCUGUGGGGCUUUAGCGGACACAUCCAGACAAUAAUUCACAGUAUCGUGGGGCGCGUCAAAUGUCCGUGGCCUCUGGGCGAACGGGUCUACCUUGCGCUGACGGACGGUUCCACGCUGACGUACGAUCUGUACCAGCCGCUAAUUACGACCGUCGAAGACGAUAUUACCGUCGCCAUCUGUCCAGGAAUUGGUAACUCGUCCGAAUCGGUGUACAUCCGCACGUUUGUGCACUACGCCCAGUGCCACGGGUACCGGUGUGCGGUGCUGAAUCAUAUCGGUGUCCUCGACAGCGUGCAGGUGACAUCGAGCCGAAUCUUCACGUACGGUCACACAGACGACUACUCCGCAAUGAUAAAUAGCCUGCUGAAGAAGUACCCUACGACGAACAUCGUGUCGGUUGGAUUUUCGCUCGGCGGUAACCUCAUCUCCAAGUAUCUCGGCGAAGCGAAGCGACCGGCCAACAUCAUCGGUGGCGUUUCGAUCUGCCAGGGCUAUAAUGCGGUGGUGGCCACCCAGUGGUUGCUGAAGUGGCAAAACUUCCACCGCUUCUACCUGUACGUGCUGACCGAGAACGUGAAGAGCAUCAUCAUGAAGCAUCGGCACGUUCUGCUGUCGGACGAUAUCAAGCAGCGGUAUCAGCUGAACGAGCGCGACAUUGCCGCUGCCGCCACGCUGCCCGAGCUGGACGAAGCGUACACGCGCCGGGUGCACCAGUUCCCAACGGUAAAGGACAUGUACAGCUGGAGCUCGUCGCUCAACUAUCUUGCCAACAUCAAACGGCCGAUGGUGUUUGUUAACGCACGGGAUGACCCGCUGGUGCCAGACAAUUUACUCGAACCGGUGAAACAAUUUGCCUCAACCCACAACCAAUCGCUUUAUAUCGAGCUUGCAAACGGUGGCCAUCUCGGGUUCUACGAGGGUGGUCUCGUGUAUCCGAACCCCGUCACCUGGCUCGACCGAGCGCUAGUGUCGCUGAUCGGUGGCAUCGUGAUGUCGCACAACGAUUUGCUGGUGGCAAAGCGGACCGGAUCGGUGGUCAUUUAAGAUUCACUGCCACCACACUCUUCGAUCGGUGCACCGCUGCCCGCGUCCGAGCUGAGCCAGCUGCUGAGCUAUGGCCGAGCGCGAUGGGGCCUGCUAUUUGCCGCCCUUCCCUCGACGCCCUCGGUGCGCGGAGUAGCGAUGGCCGUGCUGAAGCUGUUCCUGUCGCUAUUCUACUCGAAGCCAAAGGUUGUAUUUCCAACCGAAACACCAACCGACCAGCCCGGGUUAAAUGAUUUGAACCCGAAUCAUUAACAGGGCCGGCAGCUCGCCGCUUAUUAUCAAUCGAUGGUAAAAAAGACGACGUCUGAGAAGCGCUUCUAGAGUAUGGGUAUAGAAACAGCAGCACGUGCACCAUGCAGAGAUGCACACUAUUCGAAGGGAUUGUGGUCGUACUGGUGAGAACCACGGACGGUAUGAAUGAUGUACGGCGACGGUAAUGUAUUCGCUUCUAAAAUACGGGAAGGAGCACAAAUUAUACUAUACACCCCACCACCAUCAUAUACCAGCCAGCUGGCAGGAAAAGAAACAAAAAAUACGCGUGCGCAGUGUGUAGAGGAGUGGACGGUUCACACUCUGCGUGCAGGACGAAGCAUCAGGUGAACGUUACUAUUUAAGCGAUGUGGAGCGUUAAGAAGAGGCAAGCAAAGCUUGCUCCGUACACUGAACACAGGAGGACCGUGGCGAAGCAAGGCAUGCAUACGAUGCAGUCCCGUUUUCGAAUAUAUACACUAUACACACAGACCCAUAUUUCCUUUAAUUACGCUAGGAAUAAUCAGUAAAAUAAGUCAACAGCUUCCUCAUCUUGUAGCUACACAUGGCGUCGUCUGGCGCAUCCUUUUUUGCUAAAUCACGCUAAUUUCGUUGCCGCCGCCCUUGCGCUUUCGUUUCUCUGACUCCAUUUGCCUGCCGCCCCUAGUGUGCUAGUAGGACGACGCGGUCCGUGGUCGAAGUAAGCGGCACGCAAAUCAACCGCUACAUAGCUAGUCUGGAUCAUGCAUCCAAACGGUAUCAAUAUUAGCGAGUAACAUCAUAACCAUUUUAUUGACGGCUGGACAUACCGAGCGAAGGAAGCCACUGCGCGUUUGCACGAUGUGUGUGAGUGUGUCGUAUUCGUAUAUAAUUGAUGUACUGUGUACUCGUAAUUCUUCCUCCCUUAAAAAAAACGUAGGAGGAUAUUGUAUUUUAUGAAUGUGCUAGAAGAGACGCAUAAUGGUGUGAUGAAAAUCAUCAAAAAAAAGGUUUAACGAGUUUGGACAAAACUAUUCGGAAUACCGAACUUACGUGUGUUUUCGUGUGUGUGUUUCGCACGGGGAGAGAAAGAGAGAGAGCGAGAAUGGUUGCGCCAUUUUUAUCUAGGAGGAUAGCUCGUAAAAUAUUGUAUAUUGUGAUAAAUGUUAUUGAAAAUUUGCUGUUGCAAGAUAUUACGACACAUUGUGUGUGUGGGAACUUAAACGUCCCGAAAGGGGGAGCGAGCGGACGAUUAUAUCAACAUUCGGUAAAGGAAGCAAAACAGGUUAACUUUUGUAUUAUGUGCGACCACGUGGGUCGUAAUGUUGAGCGCGAAAGCUACUGUUUGUUUGCGCCGGCAGUUUGUUGCCCGUAGGAUACGCUUUUUUAUCGUCACGCGUGAUUCCACCACAGCCCGACUUUCAUGUGUGUGUGUGUGUGCGGUUAGUGGCGUAGUAAAUCGUAGCGGCAGUAGAAGAUGAGCGUUAGGAGUCGGUAAAGAUGGUUUCAUCAUCGCGCGCGUUAUUAGAAUUACACAGCGUGCGAGAGGUUUCCAUGUUGUUGAUCCGAGUGUACCGCACCGUGAUGAUGAUGAUGAUUCAUGUAAAAGUCGACGGAGCUUGUAACAAGUGACUGAAUACUUAAAACCUCUGCAAAAAGCCUGUAUCCUGUACUUCGAGUACAAGGAUUUCCUCUCUAGACUAGGACUAGGAGAUUCUAGUGCGCACCGUACCCUCUGCUCAAAUAUUCGAUGGAACGAAAUUGUCGGUAAAUUAUUAGUUAAUUUCGUUAUAAGCGGUUAUCAAAAUUGCAUCUGUUUCGACCGAAUUUACAAACAUUCCACCAACUGUUCAACACGCAUCAUCCCGCCCUAUUCACCGCUCGAGGACUAGAAUUUUACACACAGGACUUAUCCCACUUGUGCCCCCCUCCCGUAUUUCGUCUCGUGAAAUGCACCCUUUGAAGAUCCCGUUUAACGCAGUGUAUUCGCUCAUGUGAGGGUGAGUUUUUCGAAGCUAUUCCUUACCUUACAACCGUACGAAAGUCCUAAGCACGACUCAAAUCAGCAUUGAAGAAGUGGAAAUUGUAGCUUAGUUUUUGUUUGUAAGGGGAAGUAAAAACACGUUAAACUGUUUAUUACUUGACGCAGCAAAUGUUUGCGAAUACAGGACGAAACUGUGAAACAGAGCAGCUUUAUUAUCUCGUGGCUAACGUGCGCUGUUGGAAAUUUAGAAAGAUAGCCCCAGGUUAGGUUCCGCGAUUCUGUGUGAGCGAAAUUGAGAAAUGAAAGCAAACAAACGAUGGAACUGCUCUUACUGAAUAAAACUAAUGAUUGUGUAA